AUGCACUUCAAUGCGUUCAUACAUAAUUUCUCAACUGUUAUAAUCCUAAUUCUCUAACAAUAAUAAACGAUUUUUUGCCAUUAUCAGCUAGAUAUAAGUUUUUUAAAUUAAAAAAAUAUUUAUAUUUUUACAUUCUAUAUUAAUAUUUAUGUAGCUAAUUUUAAUUAAUUGAUUUAUAAACCUUCAAUUAUAGUUUGCAAUUAAAAAGAAAUCUAUCGAAAAUUAUUAGAAAAAUUAAUAAUCCUAGUUACGAUAUGAAUUGAGGCGGAUUAAGUAUAUCUGCUAUUUAUAUAUUCAUAAGCAAUAUGAUAGAAGUGAUAAAUUUAUUAAAUUCAAAUUGCAUUAAAAUGCCAAUAUUCAUAAUAUCAAUCCUUAAAUUCCUUACUCCCCUCUUUGGCGAACAAAACCAUUGGAAAAAACCACUACGUUGACGAACCAAAAUUUUUUAUAGAAAAUAUUUUGAUAUAUAAUGAUCAUUAUUAUAAUGAAAUCUCGAACAAAUUCUGUUUAAUUUUAAACAUUUUGCAUUUUGAAACAUAGAUUUUACAAAUUAAAUAAAUAUUUACUUUCCAGUUUUUGCGAAUUGGAUUUUUGGAAAAAAAAAAUUACCCCCCCUCUCCUAACGAAAAAAAUAUUUUGUUGCCCCCACAGAGGGGGAGUUAACUAAAUCUGUCAAAAUUUCCCAUAUUUUUCCACAAAAAUUUUCCAUUCUAUUAAAAAAAAUUAUUAAAAUUCUUUUUCGAAUAAAAAAAUUUAAAAUUUUCCCAUUUUUUUGAAAAAUUAAAAUAAUAAAAUAGUUUAAAUUCUUGAACCAGUCUUCAUUCUCCUUUUCAUCAAAUAAUAAAAAAAUAAAUAUUAAAAUAAAAUAUGUAAAUAAUUAUUAGAUGAAAGAGAUAGCCCUCUAUGCCCUAUUGAAUGGCAUACAAUUUACAGCCAAUCUCCAUGGUAUUGAAAAAGCUACAGUCAAGAACUGAAUUCGCGAUUUAGACUUUGACAGAGACCCAUUUUUCGUUAA